ACGAAAAUAUCAACAAAUCAAACCAAUGAAAUAGUUGUGAAAUUUUGAUAUUAACUUAAUGUUAAGGUUUGUUUAAGUUAAGGUUUUGAAAAUAGAGUGAACAGUUUUUUAAACAUUUUAUAACGCUUAUCAAACGUAAUUUAAUUGUUAUUGAGACUACAUGUUUCGUGUUGUAACGUUUAUCUGAUUGUCUAUUUUAACUUUAAUUUGCUCACAUACCAGUUAAGUAACAGGUUUACAUCAAAAUAUUCUAAAAAAAUGACUACUACGACUGGAGGUGCACGAAAUUUUAAAGUAGUUCUUUUGGGUGACGGAUGUGUCGGAAAAACUUCAUUAUUAUUGCGUUACAUUGAAGAUAAAUUUAACGAAAAGCAUCUGACUACGCUUCAGGCCACAUUCUUAAAUAAAAGGUUGAAUAUUAAUGGAAAUCGUGUCAAUCUUUCCAUUUGGGAUACAGCUGGCCAGGAGAAGUUUCAUGCUCUGGGACCAAUAUACUACAGAAACUCUAAUGGUGCGAUUCUGGUUUACGAUAUUACUGAUGAAGAUUCAUUUAGAAAGGUAAAAAAUUGGGUGAAAGAAUUGAAGAAAAUGUUGGGAUCAGAUAUUAAUCUGGUAAUUGCAGGAAAUAAAAUAGACCUUGAACAUGAACGCACUGUUUCACUAGAAGAAGCAGAAAGCUAUGCAAAAUUAGUAGGAGCUAAACAUUAUUACACUUCAGCAAAAUUAAACCAGGGUGUUGAAGAAUUGUUUCUUGACUUGACUAGAGAAAUGUUGGAAAGACAAGAACACAAUACACAGACUGAAGUAAACAGAACAUCACAAGUUGUAGUAGUCGAUGAUGAGGUACCUGUGCAAUCAACCUGCUGUUCAGGACACAGGAGUUCCUAAAUUAAUAGAUUUUUUUGUAUUCAUAGUUUUCAUAUUUUAAACUAUAAAAAUGAAAAUAAUUUACAAUGUAUAUUAUGGUGGCUAUAC